AAAAACAGUAAGUCGGCUUAAAGACUCUUUCUUUCUGUUGUCAAACAUUUACAUAUAUAAAUAUCUAGAGAUGAGAGAGAGAAGGAUAUAUGCGAUUGGAGUUGAGUGUAAGUACGGGAGAAAUGAAGAGGAAGCUCAAGUAGAAGAAAAUCAACGGCCAAGUUGUGUCUGAAAGUUUUGAGAGGAAGGUUGAAUCUUGAUACAACGUUGUUUACUUGAGAUGAUUACAUUUAUGGACUCUAAGGAGAGAAGCAAAGAGAGUGAGAAAUGUUUGGAUUCUCAGCUGUGGCACGCCUGCGCCGGUAGCAUGGUGCAAAUGCCACCGGUGAAUUCGAAUGUGUUCUACUUUCCUCAAGGCCAUUUCGAGCACGUUUCGGGCAAUCUUGAUCUUAGGAAUUGUCCGAGGUUGCCUGCCUAUGUAUCUUGUAGGGUGUCUGCAGUUAAGUUCAUGGCUGAUCCUGAUACGGACGAGGUUUUCGCCAAGAUUAGAUUGGUCCCGGUUGAAGGGAACGAGGUUGAUCUCGAUAAGGAUGGUGCUGCUGAGGUUAAUGGCACUGAGAGUCAAGAUAAGCCUUCCUCGUUUGCCAAGACUUUGACGCAGUCUGAUGCCAACAACGGUGGAGGCUUCUCGGUGCCUAGGUAUUGUGCAGAGACGAUCUUCCCUCGUUUGGAUUACACUGCUGAUCCUCCGGUGCAGACCAUUCUGGUCAAGGAUGUGCACGGGGAGGUUUGGAAUUUUAGGCAUAUCUACAGGGGGACGCCCAGGCGCCAUCUCUUGACAACGGGGUGGAGCACGUUUGUGAACCAAAAGAAGCUCGUGGCAGGGGAUUCAAUCGUGUUCCUUAGGGCAGAGAACGGUGACCUUUGUGUUGGGAUCAGGCGUGCCAAGAACGGGAUUGGUGGCGGACCUGAAGUGCCAUCACAGUGGAAUCCUGGUGGUGGCGGUCGUGCUUUGCCAUAUGGAGGCUUUUCUAUGUUCUUUAAAGAGGAUGAGGGCAAGUUGAGUCGAAAUGGCGGUGGGAACAACAAUGGGAGUUUGGUAAGCAAGGGGAGAAGAGUGAAAACAGAAGAUGUUAUCGAAGCAGCAACGCUGGGUGCCAAUGGAAAGCCCUUUGAAGUGAUUUACUAUCCCCGAGCUACCAAUCCCGAGUUCUGUGUGAUGACGUCUCUUGUGAAGGCGGCCCUUCAAAUUCAUUGGUGCUCGGGGAUGCGGUUCAAGAUGGCCUUUGAGACAGAGGAUUCUUCUCGCAUAAGUUGGUUCAUGGGAACCAUAUCAUCCGCGAUGGUUGCUGAUCCUGCUCGAUGGCCCGAUUCCCCUUGGAGGCUUCUACAGGUGAGGUGGGACGAACCAGAUCUGCUUCAAAACGUGAAACGCGUUAAUCCUUGGUCAAUCGAAUUAGUAUCAAAUCUUCCUAACAUCCAUCUAUCCCCUUUCUCUUCUCCCCAUAAGAAGCUAAGAUUACCACAUCCUCCUGAUUUUCCUCUUGACGGACAUCUUCCAUUGCCGGCCUUCACCGGCAGCCACCCUCUCGGGUCAAGCUACCCCUUCGGUUGUCUCACAGAUAACGCUCCUGCUGGCAUGCAGGGAGCCAGGCAUGGUCAAUACGGUAUAACAUUAUCCGACCUCCAUUUCAGCAAACUACGAUCAGGUCCAUGUCCACCUGAUUUUCAUCGGCCUCUUGACAGAGCCUCUAUACCUAUCCGGCCCUCCAACCCCGUUGUCUCUGAACCGAGCAACGAUGACAACAUAUCUUGUCUUUUGACCAUGGGAACAACUUCAAUUCAAGGAUCAACCAAGUCUCAAAAUCGGAAGGAAGUCCCAUUUGUGCUUUUUGGUCAAGAAAUACACACGGCGAAGAAGAUUUCUGUAACCUGCUCCAGUGACACUGUUUCCACUCGUCGUACUGUGAAUAGAUCGGAUGAAUCCGGUUUUUUUCCUAAUAGGAACGAUGCACAUGAACGGUCAUCGACCGAUCACUGCAAAGUUUUCAUGGAAUCUGAAGACGUGGGCCGGACAUUGAAUCUUUCGUUGCUUGGAUCGUAUGAGGAACUGCACAUGAAACUGGCAAGCAUGUUUCGCGUCGAAAUCACGGAGAUUGCAAAGCACAUCCACUAUCUUGAUGACACAGGUGCAGUGAGGCAACUUGGUGAAGAACCAUUUAGCAAAUUCUCUAAAACAGCAAGAAGGUUGAGAGUUGUAGCUGAUUCUAGCAGUGAUAGUGUAGAAGUAUAGAGAUUUUUGAAGCAGAUUUAUUACACGUAUUGUUAGUUCAGUUAUAUGUUGAGCUUAUUCUUUAGAAAAGUGUGAAUGGGUUUGUUUUCUGCUUGUGUUUAUUGGAUUCUUUUUUCUAGUGUUUGCUUGCCUAAGGCAAUUCUUGAAAGAUGACCCUUUGUAACUUCAAACUUGUUUCUUGAGCUAUUUAUCUCGUGAUUUAUUUUGUA